UGCUUGGACGCACUCGCCUUCACCCGCGCUUGCAGCCGCAUAUCCACACCCACUGGAGACAAGAUGAAUCUCUCUCUAUGCUGGGCUGCUUUGUUCGUCGCCGUGGCCAUCCACACUGCGAACGCGGCGCCACGAAAGCACGAAAACGUUUCGUAUAUGACGCUCGUCCGGAAACGACGCCAAGGAAACCAUACUGUCUCGGGCGGGAUCUCGGCAAGCCCGGGAGGAAAGCCAGCAGUAAACAUUCAAUAUGAUUAUAACCCAAAUGACAACUUGAAGGUGUUUGUCGGUGGGAGUCACACCAUUGGCGGAGGCACAAGCGUUGGUGGUGGCGUAAGGUGGAUUAUUCCCACGAGGAAAGAUCGCAAGAAACCCAAAGAUAAUUGAGAAGGGACGAAGAGGAGAAGAAGAGGGAGAGAGGGAGAGGAGAAGAGGGAGAGGAGAAGAAGGAGAGAGGGAGAGGAGAAGAGGGAUUAAAAAUUAAGAUAGACGAAGCUGACCAAAAGAAGACUGAAGAGUGAAGAAGAGGAUAAAAAAGGAGAGAAGAAGAAGAAGAAGAAGAAGAAGAAGAAGAAAUAGAAAAAGACGAAGGUGACCCAAAGAAAAAUGAAAAGGGAGAUGAGACGACGAAAGAAAAGAAGAAAAAGAAAGAUGAGUAAAAAGUAGACCUACAGCAGAAUGAACAAGAUAAAGAAAAGAAGAAGAGAAAGGGGGAGAAGAAGAGAGAAAAAAUACGAAAAGAAAUAUGUACAAGAAAAUGCACAACUUAUGUAAUAGUUUUGUAUAAUAAAAAAAAAUAUAUAUA